AACGACGAUAAAACCAAGUCUCCAUCGUGGUUUAUCGGGUGAAUUAUCAGUUGACCAUUUAGUCGAUCCAGAAUCCCAUCACUCUCAACACCGUAAAAUUGUACAGACCUGAUUCCGCCGAAGCCUCUCCUGAAUCAUGGCGUUCUUACGUCACUGAACACGGACCAGACGAACACGGAAAACAAAGAAGUUAAAGAUCAGCUGUGAAUCUGAUUCCUAGCGACCUGGCCGCCUCCUUGCCCGCCAUUCCUGGGCUCUCCGAACUCCGAGAUCUGUUUGGAGUUCAAGCCUUCGUUCCACUUGAGACCCUUCUCGCGUUCUCGAAAUAAUUGGAGUUUGGAUUUUCUCUCGCUUAUUGUAGCAAAUGGAAGUCUAAAUGUCUUCUUUCUUGGGUUGAAGGCUUCAAAGGACUCAGUGUGCUUAUGCAGAUUAGGUUAGAACAGAUUUUUAUGAGCUACUGUAAUGUUGUUUGCAGUGGAAGGAGGAGGUUUCUUUUCCUCUUCAGCAUCAGGAUACAGUAGUGGUCUUUCCCUUCUGCUUCUUGGACAUAAAAAUGAAGAAAGAAACGUGAAAGUUUCACCUUGGAAUCAAUAUCAAUUGGUUCAUCAAGAUGUAGGUGAUGAUCUAAAGUUGAGCUCAUUGAAAAAUGAAGUUCCACAUGGUUGCUCUUCCUUCACAUGUUUUGGGUGUGGAUCUUCCUGUAAUGAUGGAUCAUUGCAUCCUAAGUUGGAUCCGUUUCACCAUUCUGAAUCUUCAGCAGAAAAUCCUUCAAAUAAAGCCGCCAUAACAAUCAGCGUCUCAUCCGAGCAGAAUGAAAGGAAGGUAUGGCUCAAGAGCAGCCUUAAAAAGCCGUCUACAAAUUGUUGUGUUUUGCUUAGUGACAACGAUGUUGCACGCAACUCCAUGGAAGAGAUUCAGAGCAACAUAUCCUGUUUUACUGGAAGGAGAAAAGUUCAAUGGUCAGAUACAUGUGGUAAAGAACUUACUGAGAUAAGAGAAUUUGAACUCAGUGAUGAUGGCCUUUCCGAUGACGUUUUGGAGCACAAAUAUGCCAGAAGGUGUGAGUGUGUGAUUCAGUAAGGGCUGUCUUCCAUGUUUUUGGUGUUUAUGAUUGCAAUACAAGGAUGGCAAGAAUUCUUCAUUUUUUUUUUUUUUUUUUUUUUUCCCCC